CAUUCCCAGGUUACAGGGCAAAAAGACCACCUCCAAAAAUAAACCGACCCAUUCUCCAUUUCUCAUAUAAAACAAUAAAAAGCUCUACCUUGCAAAUCCUUCUCUCUCUUCUCAUCUUCUGCAACGAUGGCGCUCUUAGCUCGAGCCGCAACACGAAACACCGCCAUUAAAGCCCUUCAACCUAUUUCCUCAACCAUCACAUCUUCCUUCCACACUACUCUUCCUUCUUCUUCCUCCGCGACAACAACGCAACCAACUACCUAUGGAAAAGCCCCUCCUCCAGCAUUACCCAAGGCGGCGGAGUACGUCAUCUCCAAAGUUGAUGAUCUUAUGAAUUGGGCUCGCCGCGGGUCUAUUUGGCCCAUGACUUUUGGGCUUGCUUGCUGUGCUGUUGAGAUGAUGCACACCGGUGCUGCCCGUUACGAUCUGGAUCGAUUCGGUAUCAUUUUUAGGCCUAGUCCUCGUCAGUCUGAUUGUAUGAUUGUUGCUGGUACUCUUACUAAUAAGAUGGCUCCUGCUCUUCGCAAGGUUUAUGAUCAGAUGCCUGAGCCUAGGUGGGUUAUAUCUAUGGGAAGCUGUGCAAAUGGAGGUGGAUACUACCAUUAUUCAUACUCUGUUGUCCGAGGUUGUGAUCGGAUUGUUCCAGUGGAUAUCUAUGUCCCUGGUUGCCCACCAACAGCUGAGGCUUUGCUUUAUGGACUUCUACAGCUACAGAAGAAGAUCAACAGACGCAAGGAUUUCCUUCAUUGGUGGACUAAGUGAGCAGAUUCUGCUUCUAUUUCUUUGCGCGGCCAGUAUGAACCGAGAAUAAUUUGUGUAGUAAGCUGGCUUGUUAUGACCAAGGUUUGAUUAAUACGUCUAAAAAAGUCCCUUGAAAUUGCUGUAAAGUUUCAAGCUCAGUUGUGUUUUAUUUUGUAUCUGAUGACUGAUUAUUUGAUCUUUUAUAGUUUCCUUCAGUUCCAACAGAUUCUUAAAUGAGAUGAUCCUAUAAUGUUUUUGUGUUUUGGCUGAAGUGAAGCUAUCUUUUAAUUAUCUAUUUUGGGAACAUUGAAGAGAACUUCUGAAGAAUUCGAUUUCGAUCUCUUCCAACUUGAAUAAAGAUUAUUUAGCUUUGUA